AUUACAAAGAAAAACAAAGGCACAGAGAGAGAGAGAGAGAGAGAGAGAGGUUAAAUGCUCAUAAUAUAUGAUGUAGAGGAAGGGCACCGAACUGGUGGGGUUGUGAUUCUGUGAGAAAAUACUAAAACCAGAGCACAUAUCCAGAGAGAGAUAGAAAGGGGGGUCAGAGUAUACUUGUACUAGACAGUAGACAUACCCAAAAGCAAGAAGCUUUUGGAUUUUGUUUUACACAUUGAAUUCAUCAAACCCUUUUCUAGGUUUCCCAAGCAUUUAUACUAUAAUAUUUGAUUGUGCAAUAAUUCCUCAAGAUCUGCAAUUCAAGGCACCAGCUUUUCUUUCAUUUGCUGGCUCACAUCUCCUCCUUAAACACGGUGACUCUUACUCUGUCUGUGUGUAGAGAGGAACAAAAGCAAAAACAUGGAAGUGGGGCAGAUGCAGAGACAGUGGGUUGACUACACAAAGUCCUUGUUUCUGGAGGGGUUUCUGGAUGGUCAGUUUUUGCAGCUUCAGCAGCUGCAAGAUGAGAGCAACCCAGAUUUUGUUGUUGAAGUGGUGUCUCUAUUCUUUGAAGAUUCUGAGAAGCUUCUCAAUGAUCUCACCAGAGCUCUAGAACAGCCAAGUGUAGACUUCAAAAGGGUUGAUGCUCAUGUUCACCAGUUCAAGGGUAGUAGCUCCAGUAUUGGUGCACAAAGAGUUAAAAAUGCCUGCAUAGCUUUCCGCAACUUCUGCGAGGAACAGAACACUGAAGGGUGCGUUAGAUGUGUUCAACAAGUAAAGCAAGAGUACUACCUUGUGAAGAACAAGCUUGAAACUCUCUUUGCGAUGGAGCAACAAAUUGUGGCAGCUGGUGGGUCAAUUCCAAUUCUGGAAUUAAGUUUUUAAGGCUUCCAUUGUGAAAAGAAAACAAGAAAGUUGGGGUGGUUGUAGAGAAUCUCUUCACUAGUAUUGUAUAACAACCUCGCUUAAUUGAUUGCAAAUUCUCUUAACUAAUGAAUUUGUGCUUGUAUGGACUUUAUGAAAAGGAGUUCUUCCAUCUGGUGCCACUUCUUAAUGAACUUUAUUUAGGCUCAGAUAACCUUGUUAUUUAUGAAAAUGAGUUUUCUAUCA